AAACCCAUACCCAAUUCUGCUAUUAAAGAAUGUGGUAAAUUCAUUAUUUAUGAAUUACACAAGACUUACAUCUCAUAGGUUCCCAAGGUCUGAUACACAGGUAUACAGGACGUAUACACUAAAAAUUCCUGUUGAUUGCAAUGUGCGAGAGCAGUUUCCAAGUGUAACCCCCUCCUCCCCGCCAACUAAUAAAAUCAGUUUGGCUCUCUGGUUUGUUUUAAAAAUUAAAACAGCUUGGUAGUUGCUCUAUGGAUAACUCUUCUCCCCCCUCUUCUUGCCCGCACACCUAUUUAGACUGGCAAGCCCAUUUUCAUUUUAUUUCAAAGAUUUUUUUUUUUUUUUUUUAAGCAAAGGCUGGAGACCGCGGGGGUUGCUAAAUUUAUCUUCCUCCCCGGCUACGGGGAUGGAGAAAACACAUUUACUGCGGGCGGGGGUCUGAGGGCCUGCAAACAACUCGAGCAGGCGCCUCGGCCAAGACCGGCGCGGAGAGGCGGAGCUGUGACUGAUGAGAAUUAAAGGCCAUGGAUGAAGAUGGACUUGAAUUACAAUCACAAGAGCCAAACUCAUUUUUUGAUGCAACAGGAGCUGAUGCUGCACACAUGGAUGGUGAUCAGAUUGUUGUGGAAGUGCAAGAAACUGUUUUUGUUUCAGAUGUUGUGGAUUCAGACAUAACUGUGCAUAAUUUUGUUCCUGAUGACCCAGACUCAGUUGUAAUUCAAGAUGUUAUUGAGGACGUUGUUAUAGAAGAUGUUCAGUGUCCAGAUAUCAUGGAAGAAGCAGAUGUAACUGAAACGGUCAUCAUUCCUGAGCAAGUGCUGGACUCAGAUGUAACUGAAGAAGUUUCGUUAGCUCAUUGCACAGUCCCAGAUGAUGUUUUAGCUUCUGACAUCACUUCAGCCUCAAUAUCUAUGCCAGAACACGUCUUGACAAGUGAAUCUAUACACAUGUCUGAUGUUGGGCAUGUUGAACAUGUGGUUCAUGAUAGUGUAGUAGAAGCAGAAAUUGUCACUGAUCCUCUGAGCACUGAUGUAGUUUCAGAAGAAGUAUUGGUAGCAGACUGUGCCUCUGAAGCUGUCAUAGAUGCCAACGGGAUCCCUGUGGACCAGCAAGAUGAUGACAAAAGCAACUGUGAGGACUACCUUAUGAUUUCCUUGGAUGAUGCUGGUAAAAUAGAACAUGACGGUUCCUCUGGAAUGACCAUUGAUGCAGAGUCAGAAAUCGAUCCUUGUAAAGUGGAUGGCACUUGCCCUGAAGUCAUCAAGGUGUACAUUUUUAAAGCUGACCCUGGAGAGGAUGACUUAGGUGGAACAGUAGACAUUGUGGAGAGCGAGCCUGAGAAUGAUCAUGGCGUUGAACUGCUUGAUCAGAACACCAGUAUUCGUGUUCCCAGGGAAAAAAUGGUUUAUAUGACUGUCAAUGACUCUCAACAAGAAGAUGAAGAUUUAAAUGUUGCCGAAAUUGCUGAUGAAGUUUAUAUGGAAGUGAUUGUAGGAGAGGAGGAUGCGGCGGCAGCGGCGGCAGCAGCUGCUGUGCAUGAGCAGCAAAUGGAUGACAAUGAAAUCAAAACCUUCAUGCCGAUUGCAUGGGCAGCAGCUUAUGGUAAUAAUUCUGAUGGAAUUGAAAACCGGAAUGGCACUGCAAGUGCCCUCUUGCACAUAGAUGAGUCUGCUGGCCUCGGCAGACUGGCUAAACAAAAACCAAAGAAAAGGAGAAGACCUGAUUCCAGGCAGUACCAAACAGCAAUAAUUAUUGGCCCUGAUGGACAUCCUUUGACUGUCUAUCCUUGCAUGAUUUGUGGGAAGAAGUUUAAGUCGAGAGGUUUUUUGAAAAGGCACAUGAAAAACCAUCCUGAACAUCUUGCCAAGAAGAAGUACCGCUGUACUGACUGUGAUUACACUACCAACAAGAAGAUAAGUUUACACAACCACCUGGAGAGUCAUAAGCUGACCAGCAAGGCAGAGAAGGCCAUCGAAUGCGAUGAGUGUGGGAAGCAUUUCUCUCACGCUGGGGCUUUGUUUACUCACAAAAUGGUGCAUAAAGAAAAAGGAGCCAACAAAAUGCACAAAUGUAAAUUCUGUGAAUACGAGACAGCUGAACAAGGGUUAUUGAAUCGCCACCUUUUGGCAGUCCACAGCAAGAACUUUCCUCAUAUUUGUGUGGAAUGCGGUAAAGGUUUUCGUCACCCAUCAGAGCUCAAAAAGCACAUGCGAAUCCAUACUGGGGAGAAGCCGUACCAAUGCCAGUACUGCGAGUAUAGGUCUGCAGACUCUUCUAACUUGAAAACACAUGUAAAGACUAAGCAUAGUAAAGAGAUGCCAUUCAAGUGUGACAUUUGUCUUCUGACUUUCUCAGAUACCAAAGAGGUGCAGCAACAUGCUCUGAUCCACCAAGAAAGCAAAACACACCAGUGUUUGCAUUGUGACCAUAAGAGUUCAAACUCAAGUGAUUUGAAACGACACAUAAUUUCAGUUCACACGAAGGACUACCCCCAUAAGUGUGAUAUGUGUGAGAAAGGCUUCCACCGGCCUUCAGAACUAAAGAAACACGUGGCUGCCCACAAGGGUAAAAAAAUGCACCAGUGUAGACAUUGUGACUUUAAGAUUGCAGAUCCAUUUAUUCUAAGCCGCCAUAUUCUCUCAGUUCACACAAAGGAUCUUCCAUUUAGGUGUAAGAGAUGUAGAAAGGGAUUUAGGCAACAGAAUGAGCUUAAAAAGCAUAUGAAGACACAUAGUGGCCGGAAAGUGUAUCAGUGUGAAUACUGUGAGUAUAGCACUACAGAUGCCUCAGGCUUUAAGCGGCACGUUAUUUCCAUUCACACAAAAGACUAUCCUCACCGGUGUGAGUACUGCAAGAAAGGGUUCCGAAGACCUUCAGAAAAGAACCAGCACAUAAUGCGGCAUCAUAAAGAAGUUGGCUUGCCCUGACAGUACUUCUACAGGCAUUUGUAGAGAUGUUGGCCUUGAAACAGAAAAUUCAUUUUAAAGCCAACCAGUCUUGUUCACAUACAAUACUGUAUAUCGAUUUAUGCUGUGUACAAAUAGAAUUAAUUGCUUCUAGUUGACUUUUUUUUUUACAUUUUGUUCAAUAGUGUGUUCUGAAUUCUGUUCAGUUUGUUUAAUAAAUGGGGAAAAAUGGCAACAAGCUUGUUGCUUUUAAUAAAGUAAUCCCUGGUUCUAUACUGAAUUUUUCUAUCCUAGACGUUUUAUAUUUAUUUAAAUAUUUACCUUGCUUACCUUGAUGGUACUCUUCUAAGACCAUUUACCUUAAGGUAACUUUAGAUUGGUAACUCUGAAAAUAUUCAUGUUGACUCAUUUUGUUUCCCAUAAAUUUCUCACAAUAAAAUUAUCAAAGACAUCUACUAAUACAAAUGGGAGAUUUUAUGGUCAGGUCUAAUUAUAACAUGGAAGUCAUUUACUUGUCUUGCUUAAUAUUUUCAGACCACAUGAUAAUGAAAGUUUCCAUUUGAGCUUUUGCGUCCCUGGCAUUGCUGAGUAAAGAACAGUGGCUGGGUUCGUGUUUACUUUUCAUUUUGUUGAGCAAAUAAAAUAUACAUCUUUGGCUUUCUUUGGACUAUUUACAUCUUUUGUCAGUGUAGCAAAAUUUUAGAAAACCUUAUUGAAAAAUUUUGCUUGAUCCUGUUGUAUUUUUAUUAUUCUGUCUGUGCUGCUUUGUCUUGGAAUGGUUGUGUGCUACAUAUGAGACUUACUGAAGACCGCAUUUUGGAAUCUCCUAGAGGUAACUUGUGGCUUAUAGGAUCUUUUGCAACUUUAUAUAUGUAAAUGUACCCUGAAUUAUAUGUAUACACAUAUAUAAAACAUGUAUCUGUGUGUAUUGCUUAUUUUACAUAUUUAUACACACAACCCCAAGUAGUAGUUGUUUAAAAUCUAUAAUGAAAAGUAUUAAAUUUACAAUAACAUGAAAGAUCCAGGGAUGCAUGAGAGAGCAUUUUGUAAGUCAUGCUCUUCAGAGAGACUACUCAGGUUAAGAAUUAGAAGGAAAAUAAGGACACUAGUAUUUUUGAAGAGUAAAGGUAUUUUCUUUUAAAUAUCUUUGGUAAUUAAAAAAUAGAAGUUAAGAUGUUUCUAGAUAGAAUGUUUCGUACAAUUUCAGCUCCAUGCCUUUAUAUUUUUCUGAAAAGCUAAUGAGUAUCCAGACAUAACUCUCACAGCUCUCUCUGAGACAACUCUGUCUCACCAAGUGAGGGGGACAGAGAGGAAACAGUGGCUCUCUGUGGACCAGAGAAUGGGUGCUAAUUAUGACUUACACUUGGCAAGUUCAGCCUGCUCUGUUAUUUCUUAGUUACAGUUAGCAAACUUUUAAAAACUUAACCUCAAGUUGGCUUUCAUUACAGGAUAAAGGCAUGAUGUUGUAAGUGCAUACGGAAAGUCUGAGGCCUUAUUUGGAAUAUCACCAAGCUUUUCAUAGUUCUUUCUUUCAGAGUAGGCAUAUUUUAACAGGUCUAAAUCAGAGUCAUAAAUUCAUAAAAGGAACUUGAUUAAUUAGAAUUUGGUUGUGUUAAGUUGAAUCUUGGGGAACAAUACAAUUUUGGGGGUCCCUUAAAUUGGCUUCCCACUUGAUAGCUGCCUUGCCACUGCAUUAUGGUGCUCCAUCCCCUUUGGGCUGUUAGGUUUUUACCUUUCAUCUUUUUCUUUGCCACCGAUAUUUGUACUCGAGAGUUAUAUUUUUAGGGUUAGUAAAUGAAAUAUUCAGUGUUUGGCAACCCUUUGGAGUGCUAGAUUGAUUUAGUCUAGUUCUAAAUCAAGUGCUUUAGGCUGGUGUGAUGAACUCCAGCCUAACUACCAGUCAAAGCCAAGGCAUGGGUUUUCCUAGCCUAUCCCAUACAGAAUUCCCGUAUCUUCUUGGCCCCUGUAACAUGCUUCUUUUUUUCCCUUUAAAGUAACUUAACAUUAUGUGAUACAUUGCCCUGGUAUUCUUGAAAGCUCUGUUCAUAUUUGUUUUUUAACUUUUAAAAUCUCCCUUAAUUUUUAUUUUUCCCCAAAAGAAUGUAAAACAUCUAAAUGAAAGUGGAAAUUUAUGCAUUUUAAAACAUCCUAUAAAAUUAGUACAGAAAAUAUAAAUGAUUGGGUCAUUUAACUAUAUUUUUUUAAAUGAGCUGAAAGAUAAAGAACACAACACUUUACACACUUUAUAUUUCUCGUACAUACUCUGGAAUCAUACACAGUUCUUUUCUUUUUAAAGCACAAUAUUGAAACCUUUAAAAGGUAUUUAAGGGUUUGGUCAAGUGAAUAUGAUGAAAUGUAUUUGUCUGUAUAAAGAGAAAAUGAAAUUGUAGUCACUGUUAUGUACUGACAUUAGUUACAACCUAGUUUUAAUUCUUAAAACAAUUUUGAUUAGCAAAGCUAAAAAAAAUGGAUGUUUCAGUUAAAUGUUUUAAAGAGGUACAGAUUUUUACAAGGACAUAAUAUAAGUUAUUGUUCUGUAGAAAUAUCCUAUUAAAUAUUGUAUGUCCCGCCCUCUGUACACUUUGUAAAAAAAGUAAAAUACAUAAAAAGAUCAUAUAGGGAUGUGUGACAUUAUUGUAAUUGUGUACUUGAGAAUAACGUGCAAAAAUAAAAAUCAGAAUAUUUUCCUGUUAAUGAAUGUUUAGUCUAUUUGAUACCAGUACUAAGUUAAUGCUUUUUCUUAAGAAAAAGAAAUGUACAGUUUUUGUAAACCUAAUAAACAUCAAAAGCAGUGAAUUA